CCACCCUCCUUACAGCAUCCAGUGAAGUGUGCAGAGCACUCGUUGUGAAGCCAUAGGGAUGAAGUGUAGUGCGGUGUGCCUUGUGGCACUCUCCUUGCUUGGCAGCGUAUGUGAUGCUCAGUGGUUACAGCAGAAGCCAGUGACACAGGAGCCCAUCAAAAAUCCGCCUAAAGAGCACCAACAGGCAAAGCAGACGUUUGAGAAACCCCUCACCUGGAAAUACCCUGCAGAUCCCCAGCCUGAUCCCAAGCCUGACGUGCCUUUCGUGCUGAACUUUCCGGUCGCUGCUGCAACUGUUGCCGUCGAGUGCAGAGAAAGGGAUGCUAUAGUGGAGGUCAAGAAGGACCUGUUUGGGAUUGGCCAGUUGAUCAAUCCUGCUGACCUUACCCUGGGAAGCUGUCCGGCUGUCGGAGAGGACCAAGCUGCCCAAGUGUUGAUAUUUCAAUCCGAUCUCUCUGAUUGUGGCAGCUCAUUAGCAUUGACAGAAGAUUCCCUUAUCUACACCUUCACUCUGAACUAUAUUCCACAAAGUCUGGCUGAUUCUCCUGUGGUGAGGACUAGCAGAGCUGCUGUAAUUGUCGAUUGCCACUAUCAAAGGAAGCAAGAUGUGAGCAGUCUUCCUCUUCACCCUUUGUGGGUCCCAUUCUCCGCAGUUAAGGUGUCAGAGGAGUUCUUACACUUCACACUGAGACUUAUGACUGCUGACUUCAACUUUGAGAGACCAAGCAACGUGUAUUUCUUGGGAGAUACUGUUAAUAUUGAGGCUACCGUCGAGCAGUUCUUCCACACGCCCCUCCGUGUUUUUGUGAACAGCUGUGUGGCUACUCUUUCUCCUGAUGUGACCUCAUUCCCCAGAUAUGUCUUCAUUGAAAACAAUGGGUGUUUGGUUGAUGCCAGGAUCACAGACUCCUCCUCAAGGUUCCUUGAACGCACUGCAGAGAACAAGCUUCAGUUCCAGCUGGAGGCCUUCAGGUUCCAGAAUGCUGAGAGUGGAAUAGUCUACAUUACCUGCAUGUUGAAAGGACCAUCAGUUGCCUCCGGCAUUAAUAGUGAACAAAGAGCUUGUUCCUAUAUAAAUGGGAUGUGGAGGGAGGCCAACGGUGUUAAUGAAGUCUGUGAAUCCUGUGAGACAAUGACAGCUGCCGAGCCACGUCCGUCUACCCCUGGUAGGAAGAUUCGUGACGCGUCCCAGAAGUCCAGUGAAAGUUACAUAUGGGAAGGCCAAGUCACCCUGGGUCCAAUCCACAUUAAAGAAAGGGCCCAAUAGCGCUUUUGUAACUGCCCUGCCACCACUAUGGCCAUUGAAAUAAACAUUCUGAAUGGUUCAUAUAUCUGUCUGUAUAUGUGAUUCUCUUUCUUUUUGUUAACAGUUCAGCUUGAACAAGGAAAGUAACCCAAUUUACUCCAUCAAAUGUAAUCCAAAUUUGACACAUUGAACAAUAAUAAAAGUGUGAGAAAAAAGAAAUCCUCCAGAUGAAAGUGUAACAUCUUCUACAUCGGCCUCUGUGUAAUCUUAAAAGUUACAUUAUGAACAAAUGCCCCCCUUCAUAGACCGUAAAUCAUUACAUUUGAUGAAAUAAAAAGCAGUUGUGAUAAAAUUGUCACGGAAAUCUUCCUUCCCCUUUUUUCCUUCAAACUUUAGACAGAAUGUGAAGUACAUAACAAUGAUAUGGAAUGAAAUGGACUAUAUGAUAUACAAGUAAAUAUAAUAAAGCUACAGCAUUUA